AUGAGCUUGCUACCCAAUGAUCAGCGCCAAUUGCUUCACAAAUGUCUUCUCAAAUACGUGCGAAAUUUUUCCUCGAAAACUGAGCUCAAUUCGGUCUCUGGAACCGAAGAUAUCGACGAAAACGCUGUCAUGAACACACUGGCAAAAUGGCUUAAUGUGAACUUGGAAAGCCUGGACGAUAAAGAACGACCCGUGGAUGCCACUUUGCUGCCCCGCAAAUGGAACUCCAUUGUGCGAUUGCAGCGUAGAAUCAUCGAGCUCGAAAAACAGAUCCAGGAACUGGCGCAGGAAAACGAAACUCUGAUGAAAGAUGGGCCGGUCUCGUUGGCAAAUAAAUCGUCUCUGACAUGGAUUCCUCGAGACCAAUGUAAGCUCAGCAUUAAUAGCGGUGCAUCAGUGUCGAGCGUCGCUCUCCAUCCAGAGCUUCCACUGCUUUUCGCUGCAACAGAUAGUGGGAAAUUGUUAUGUUACGACCUUAUGAACCCAUCUAUGCCAAUAGCAUCUGUUCAGGCACACACGAGAGGAAUAACGUCAAUGGAUGUUAUCCUCAGUGAAAAAUCGGAAUGCUAUGUGGUAACAGCUUCAAAGGACCUGUAUUGCAAAGUAUUUCGCUUAAGCGAAUCCGAACUUCAACCAAUUCGAAGUUUGGCCGGUCAUGAACAUGUCGUGUCUCAGGCCCGAAUAUGGAAGCACGGCACCGAUACCCUGGUGGCUACUUGUUCCCGGGACUUGACUUGCAAAGUGUGGGACGUAUCUAACGGUUGGUGCCUGAGAUCAUUCCAGCCUCACAGCGAAUGGGUACGAUCACUAGACGUCUUAGGAGAUUUUAUCAUCACCGGCUCGAAUGACUGCACUGUACGACUGUCCCAUUGGCAGUCUGGCAGAGGACUCUCCAACGGAAUUGGCCACACAUUCCCAAUAGAACGGGUAAAGAUUAUUCCCAUGCUUCAUAGCGACUCAGUCGCCGAUCAAGAACCCAACGUUUACAAUAAAUUUGAUGAGGAAUAUGCGAAUCUUGGGUUUUCGCAUGUAGUUACAGCAUCUCGAGAUAACACAAUUCGCAUAUGGCAGGUGCCCUUGCCCAAAUUCGUGGCCCACCGACCACCUCAACCAGAUCAAACUCGACAACAUUUCAGCUUAAUAACGACUUUAAAAGGACACACAUCAUGGGUUCGGGACCUAUGCAUAAGAGGCAACUAUCUGCUGAGCUGCGGUGAUGACCGUACCAUCAGGGUGUGGGAUCUCAUGACUGGUGAAGUCGCUCGAGUGAUAAGUAGUUCGCACGACGGGUUCGUAAACUGCAUUCACACAGAUGGAGAUGGUCUUGUCAGACAGAUACUGGCGUCAGGAUGCGCCGACGGGAAAGUGAGAGUAUUUAUAAAAUGA